AUGGAUACAUUUAAUUACGAAUUAGUAAAAGACUUUCCUAUGUAUAAUGAAAAAUUAGAAAAUAACCACCUAAUUCCGGGUUUAGAAUAUAAAUAUUGUUCUCCUGAUGGCGGUAUUGGGGGAUAUAAUGAUAUAAAAGGUAAGUUCUCAGAAGAUAAAUGCAAGAAAGCAUUGUUAUUUGCAUCCAAAAUAGAACCAGAUUAUCAUAGUGAUUAUGCAUAUUGGAAAGCAGAUUGUUUUUACUUAUAUUAUUGGCUGUACAAAGAAUUUAAGUCUAAUGGUAUAAGUCAACACACCCAAAGUAUUUAUAGGAAAUUGUUUAAUAUAGUAAGUAUUAAAGAUAGUAAAAACAUAUGCAACUAUUACAAGAGUAAACCUAUUUCAGAAAAUGUAUUCAAAGACGUAAGCAAUUUAUAUGAAAUGUAUAAUAAUCUUUAUUAUAUAAAUAAUUCUAAUAUCUCAUAUGUUAAAAGUAAGUGUGAUUGUAUUAAUGAAUUUUCAGCUAAAUAUGAAAUAAACCUAAUGAAAUGUGAAUCUAAUAAUAAUAGCCCUUUUUGCACGGUAUUAGAAGAUAUUAAAGAUGAAUAUAAUAAUAUACAAAACUUAACAGAUAUUUGUAAUAAUGUUGAAUGCAAAAAGUUACCGUGUCGUAAAAAUGAUAGCAUACAGUUAU